GGUGAUAAGAAGUCUGACAAAGCCGUUGAAGAGGUUAAUAAAUGGCUACAAAUGGUAAAAGGUAUUAUUUACGGUCAGGAUGGUCAGGAACCUCAUAGUGAACAGGUAGCGCAACUUGCUCAGGAAACUUAUAACGCCAAUGUAUUGCCAAUGCUUAUCAGAAAUCUUGCAAAAUUAGACUUUGAGAGUAAAAAGGAUGUUGCUCAAAUUUUUAAUAAUCUUUUGCGUCGGCAAAUAGGAACGCGUUCCCCUACAGUAGAAUAUCUGGGAGCUCGUCCCGAGAUUUUGAUCGUUCUAGUCUAUGGUUAUGAGAACGGAGAUAUCGCUGUCACCUGUGGCUCAAUGCUCAGGGAAUGUAUUAGGCAUGAUCAACUAGCAAAGAUCCUCCUGAAUCAUGAAUCAUUUUACAAAUUCUUUGAGUAUGUUGAAAUGUCUUCUUUCGAUAUUGCUUCUGACGCCUAUUCCACUUUCAAAGAUUUGAUAACAAAACAUAAAACCCUUUGCGCCGAGUUCUUAGACGCAAACUAUGACAAAUUUUUCUCAGAAUAUCAGAAACUUUUAAAUUCUGAGAACUAUGUGACGAGAAGACAAAGCUUGAAGCUACUCGGAGAGCUUCUGUUAGAUCGUCAUAACUUCAACGUUAUGACUAAAUAUAUCUCCAACCCUGAAAACCUGAAGCUCAUGAUGGAACUGCUAAGGGAGAAA